UGGUUGGCACUGCCCAUUUUGUCGAACCUUCCUUAUGAAUGGUAGAUGCGUGGACUCACCGAUACUCUCAUAUAUAAUGCCACCUAUCCCCAGGUAAGGGACACAGCCACACACUAUAAGCCUCACUCUCAUGGCACCCAAAAAUGCCAGUGGACCAGCUAAGAAAGCAAUGAACAGAGGAGUCUGGACCCAAGAGGAAGAUCAAAAGCUAGCCCAAUGCAUUGAAGCUCAUGGUGCAAAGAAGUGGAAAACUAUUGCAGUGAAAUCAGGUCUAAAUAGGUGUGGGAAGAGUUGCAGAUUGAGAUGGUUGAACUACCUGAGACCCAAUAUCAAGAGAGGGAACAUAUCAGAUGAAGAAGAGGAUUUGAUUCUUAGGCUUCACAAACUUCUGGGAAACAGGUGGUCUUUAAUAGCUGGGAGGCUUCCAGGGCGAACAGACAAUGAAAUUAAGAACUAUUGGAAUUCUCAUUUGUGCAAAAAACUCAAUCAAGAAGCAGAAAAACCAGAAACUUCCACGGCGCAAGAAACCAUCGUCCAGAACCAGUUUACUGAGGACAGUGCCAUGUUACAGAACAAGGAUGUGGUUAAUGGAAGUGGUAGCUCAGAUGAUAGCUUUGACCUGGACGAAUUCUUUAACUUUUCAUCUGGAGAAACCUUCGAGUUUGACUGGAUUAAUAAGUACUUAGAACUUGAUCAGGUUUCUGAAAGCACACAAAGGAUCUGAAUCAGCAUUAUUCUAGAGAAAAAGAUCGCAAUGAAGUGGAAUAUUUUGUAAGAUAGAAAACAAACAAAGGUUGCUAUAAGUUACAUGAUCUCAAUGUCUAAGGAGUUUUUUCUCAGUUCUGUUCUAACUAGUCAUUUGAUUUGUGAUUUGAAAAUGAUGGUUGUUGUUGAAAUAAAUAUGUAAUUAAUUGGAGUGCCAAAUUACCAAAUUAUAUAUAGUGGGCCAUAAGUGUGAUUAUUUUGGAGAGUAAUGGCACCAUUUUCUUCUCA